AUGGCUGAAGUGCAAAGUUUAUUACAAAAGCAGAAACGAAGCCUCAAGCAAUUCGCGCUUAUUUUGGAAAAUUACAAUAAAGAUCCAAAAGUGCGCAAAGCGGUUCCGGAAUAUUUUCAGAAAAAGUUGGAUAUUUUGGAAAAAUGGUGGAUAGACUUCGAUAAAGUUAACACCGAAAUAGAAAAAGCGGAUACUGCCGAGUGUGAAAACCAGCCUUAUUUUGUAUCGAAAUCAUAUGAGAACGCAAAAUCGGAAUACAUUAGGCAUCGUUCCGAGUUGCAGACCCAGUUAAGCAAGUUUAAACAAUUGGUGUCGGUUGAAAGCAAUGACGGUGAAGACGGUGAAGACGGUGUAUGGGACCUAAGUAUCAUUAGAUUACAACAAGAGCAAAUUGAAGGCGAAAACAAUGAUCUUAUUGAAGUGAUCGACGAUGAACCGGCGGAAGUUAGUGCGUUAAAGUUUCAGUAUAAUGAAUUAAAAUCGUCAUUACAGUCAGCUGAAAAAGUGAAUAGUGAUGAAUCGGCUGGAAUUGCAAGUGCACAAACUGAAAAUUUAAAGCAAAUUUGGGCCGAGUUUCGCGUUGCAUUUAGAGCAUUAGCAGUGUCGAGUAACAAAGUGCAUUUACAAGACAUUGACUUUUUACAAGUGCAAGAACAAUACGUACAAGUGUGUGGCAAGUUGAACGACAUUGCAAACGACGCAAAAAAGAAAGCGAAUGUUGAAUUGCCGAAAAUUAAAUUGCCCGAAUUUGAUGGGAAGUCGAACUGGAUUGCAUUUAUUUCAUUGUUUGACAAAAUUGUGCACGAAAAUAAAUCGCUUGAUAAUGGAAUUAAAAUUCAAUAUUUAAAAUCCAAUGUGAAAGGUAGUGCAGAACAGCUCAUCGGUCACAUUAAACCGUAUGCAUCAAAUUACAUGACGUGUUAUGAGUUGCUACGAAAGCGAUUUGAUAAUAAACGUAUGAAUUUAGCCGCGUUGUUAGACAAGAUGAUUAACUUUCCGAAAAUUGAAUUUGAAUCAGGUGAAAAAUUGAGAGCAUUGCAUGACACCAUUUGGGAAUGCAUGCUGCAAAUUAAUAACAUGAAAGUGGAGACAGCAAGUUGGGAUCCACUGAUCAAUCAUAUAAUGCUACGCAAGUUGGACGAUAAAACAGUGAAACAUUAUGAGUGUCAGCUUACAAAUGUGCGUGAAACGCAAAAACUGUCCGAUUUUUUGUCGUAUAUAGAAAUGCGGUUCUUAGCAUUGGAAUCGGCAGAAGGUAAAUUUCCGACAAAAAAGAAAUCAAUCGCAGUGAAAAAAAGCGUCGAAAAAAAGUGUCAUUAUUGCAAUGAUGAACAUUAUUUGGGAAAGUGCGCCGCGUUCCAAAAAUUAGAAGUGCAACCGCGAAUUGAUUUUGUAAAAGAAAAACAUUUGUGUACAAAUUGCUUUGGUGAGCAUAAAGUAUCGGAAUGCAAAAGCAAAUAUACAUGUUCGAAAUGCCAAAAAAAGCACAAUACAUUGUUACAUUUGGACGAUUUCAAGCCGAGAUAUACAAAACAAAAAAUGUAUAGUGAACCAAAAGCAGCACUAGCGUCAACAGCAUUGACAAGUAUGAUUACGGUGAACGAUGAAGAUGCGGGAACAGUGUCAAGUGUGCAGUCGUUAAUAUCGACGGAAAGAUUUGCGAAUUUACUCGGUACAGCAAUGGUACAAGUUCAAUCGGGUUUCGGUGAAUGGUUAUUUAUGAAAGCUGUAGUUGAUAAUGGGUCACAAAGCGCGAUGAUUCGAGAAGAAGCGGCUCAAAUACUUAAGCUGGUGUUUGAACGUGUAUAUGCACCAAUCGAUGGGUUUGAUGAAACGAAAAAAAUCGCCAGUAAACAAGUGAAGUUAAGAAUUAAACCGCGAUUUGAUUCUGCAUAUGAGCUAGAAACGGAGGCGCUAGUGUUUAAUAAGGUGACUAAUUUGAAGGUGUUUAAAGGAGAUUUACGCGAAUACGAACAUUUGCAGAAUUUACAAUACGCCGAUCCUACAGUUAAUAGUGACAGGCCAAUUGAUUUGUUGUUGGGAGUCGCUGAAUAUGGGGACUUUUUGAAGUGUGGUUUAAUCAAAGGUCCAAAAGGAACCCCAAUAGCUCAAAACACAGAAUUUGGGUGGGUUAUCAUGGGAGCCCAAAACCUGAAAAAAACACCAGCAACGCUAACAACAUUGAUAUCGAAUGUGAACAUUGAUGAAAAAUUGUCCGAUUUUUUCGCGUCUGAAGAUUUGGAUGACGAGGAAGACGUGGAGGAAUUGAGCGCAGAAGAAACAUAUUGUGAGGAGUUUUUCGUGAAAACUACAGAAAGAGAUGAAACGGGAUAUAUUGUUCGAAUUCCAUUUAAGAACAGGGGUGAACCAGACCUUGGCAAUUCGAGAAAGGCCGCUCUUGCGAUGUUGUUCCAAAUGGAAAAACGUUUCAAAAAUAACCCAAAUUUGAAAAAACAAUAUUGUGAAGCAAUAGAUGAUGCCAUAAGGCAAGGACAUUUAAAAAGAGUGACGACUGUUCCGGUCGAUGCACAUUAUUUGCCGCAUCAUGCGGUUUUCAAAGACAGUUCAACCACAAAAUUACGAACUGUUUUUUAA